AUGGGAUCGUCUCCCUGUGGGGUCGACUCCUUUGCGGGGAUCGGAUCCCACAUAGGAUCGGAUCCUGCGGGGAUCGGAUCCUGCGGGGACCGGAUCCCAGGGAGGAUUGGAUCUUUGUGGGGAUCGGAUCCUGCAGGGAUCGGAUCCCAUGUGGGAUCGGUUCCUUGCGGGGAUCGGAUCAAUGCUGGGAUCGGAUCCCAGGGAGGAUUGGGUCCUUAUGGGGAUCGGAUCCUUGCGGGGAUCGGAUCCUUGCGGAGAUCGGAUAGUGCUGGGGUAGAACCGUUACAUGGGAUCGGAUCCCAUGUAGGAUCGGUUCCUGCGGGGAUCGGAUCCCAUACGGGAUCGGAUCCUUGCGGGGAUCGGAUCCGUACGGGGAUCGGAUCCACGCUGGGAUCGGCUUGUUGCUGGGAUCGGCUCCUUGCGGGGAUCGGAUCCCAUAUGGGAUCGGAUCCCAUGGAUGCCUACUGCAGCAACAAUUAA